AUUUUCCCGGCAUCGAGGAGGAUUCUAGAGAGUUCCAGAAGCUCUAAGCUCAAAUCGACGGUUCUCGAACACGCCGCUUUGAAGAAAGGCUAUAUAAACCAGCUCAGCAGCCCUGUCCAGUAAUUAUUCCGAGCAUUUUGACAUCGGGAUCUACUCUCCCAAACCACUGAAGACCAAGAUGCCAGAGUCACAGGACCAUCCAAUGGAGGAGACGGAGACCUUUGCGUUCCAGGCUGAGAUUGCUCAGCUGAUGUCCUUGAUCAUCAACACCUUCUAUUCCAACAAAGAAAUCUUCCUCAGGGAGCUCAUCUCCAACUCCUCUGAUGCUUUGGACAAAAUCCGCUACCAGAGUCUUACCGACCCCUCCCUGUUGGAAUCGGGCAAGGAUCUGAAAAUCGAACUCAUUCCCAACAAAGACGAGCGCACCCUCACCCUGGUCGACACGGGUAUCGGCAUGACCAAGGCCGACCUGAUCAACAACCUGGGCACCAUCGCCAAGUCGGGCACAAAGGCUUUCAUGGAGGCCCUGCAGGCAGGAGCCGACAUCUCCAUGAUCGGCCAGUUCGGUGUGGGCUUCUACUCGGCCUACCUGGUGGCCGACAAGGUGACGGUUAUCACCAAGCACAACGAUGACGAGCAGUACGUGUGGGAGUCCGCCGCCGGGGGCUCCUUCACAGUCAUGGCCGACAAGAUUAAUGAACCAAUUGGUCGUGGAACCAAGGUCAUUCUGCACCUUAAAGAUGACCAGAUGGAAUAUGUGGAGGAGCGGAGAAUCAAAGAGAUUGUGAAGAAGCAUUCGCAGUUUAUCGGCUACCCCAUCACACUCUUUGUGGAGAAGGAGCGUGAUAAGGAAGUGAGCGACGACGAAGCAGAAGAGGAGGGGGAGGAGGAAAAGAAGGAGGAGAAGAAAGACAAGGAUGAGGAAGAGCAAGAUGACGACAAGCCCGAGAUGGAGGACAUCGGCGAGGAUGACGACGAUGAGCAUGACAAGUCUUCCGACAAGAAAAAGAAGAAGAUCAAGGAGAAGUACAUCGACCAGGAGGAGCUGAACAAGACCAAGCCUCUGUGGACGCGCAAUGCUGAUGACAUCACCAACGAGGAGUAUGGCGAGUUCUACAAGAGUCUUACAAACGACUGGGAGGAGCACCUGGCUGUCAAGCACUUUUCAGUGGAAGGUCAGCUGGAGUUCCGCGCCUUGUUGUUUGUGCCACGCCGUGCUCCUUUUGAUCUCUUUGAGAACAAGAAGAAGAAGAACAAUAUCAAGCUGUACGUACGCAGGGUCUUCAUCAUGGACAACUGCGACGAGGUCAUUCCCGAGUACCUUAAUUUCAUCAAGGGUGUGGUGGACUCUGAAGAUCUGCCCCUGAACAUCUCCAGAGAGAUGCUGCAACAAAGCAAGAUCCUCAAGGUUAUCCGCAAGAACCUGGUCAAAAAGUGCUUGGAACUCUUCUCGGAGCUUGCCGAAGACAAGGAAAACUACAAGAAGUGCUAUGAUCAGUUUUCGAAGAACAUCAAGCUCGGCAUCCACGAGGAUUCCCAGAACAGGAAGAAACUGUCUGAGCUGCUGCGUUACUACACCUCCACUUCCGGAGACGAGCUGGUUUCUCUGAAGGACUACGUAACCCGCAUGAAAGACAACCAGAAACACAUCUACUACAUCACCGGCGAGUCCAAAGACCAGGUGGCCAACUCUGCCUUUGUGGAGCGCCUCCGCAAGGCCGGCCUGGAGGUCAUCUACAUGAUCGAGCCCAUCGAUGAGUACUGCGUCCAGCAGCUGAAGGAAUUUGAGGGCAAGAACCUGGUCUCGGUCACCAAGGAAGGCCUUGAGCUUCCCGAGGAUGAGGAUGAGAAGAAAAAGCAGGAGGAGAAGAAGGCUCAGUUUGAAAACCUGUGCAAGAUCAUGAAGGACAUCUUGGAUAAGAAAGUGGAGAAGGUCACAGUCUCCAACCGCCUGGUAUCGUCCCCCUGCUGCAUCGUGACCAGCACGUACGGCUGGACGGCCAACAUGGAGAGAAUCAUGAAGGCGCAGGCCCUGAGGGACAGCGCCACCAUGGGCUACAUGGCGGCCAAGAAGCACCUGGAGAUCAACCCCGAGCACCCCAUCAUGGGGACACUGCGGCAAAAAGCAGAGGCAGACAAGAACGACAAGUCCGUCAAGGAUUUGGUUAUCCUGCUGUUUGAGACGGCUCAGCUGUCAUCGGGCUUCUCGCUGGAUGACCCGCAGACACACUCUAAUCGCAUCUACAGGAUGAUCAAGCUUGGUCUUGGCAUUGAUGAAGAAGAUCCAACUCCAGAUGACACCCCUGCUGCCCCUGUUGAGGAGAUGCCCCCUCUGGAAGGUGAUGAUGAUGCAUCCAGGAUGGAGGAAGUGGACUAAAACGACUGCUCAUAUGUACUCGGUUAUAUCUCAUUAAAGUUCUGCGAGAUCACUGUUAAUACCGUCACACUUCCCCUAACUUCUGCAGUUCUGAAUGUUUGAAAACUGGUCACAUUUUGUAUUUUUUAUUUGAUUAAUGUUAAAGCAUUCCAUGUGUUUGACUUGAACUGUAAAAUGCAUUGCAAGAAAGAUAUAAAGCUGUAAAAAAUUGUGGGAACCUUGAAUAAAUGUUGAACAUGA